CGUAAGCAAAAUCAAACCACAACUAAAAGCAAAAAAAGCAUAAAAUUAAAAGGAAGCACAACCAAUUUCGAGACGGGUGUAAAUAAUAUAAAACAGGAAACAAUAAAACGGGCAUAUACAAUCACACAAUCACGCAACAAGCCACAAAAAUAAUUUGAAAAAAUUCUACAGCGCGAAAAAGUUUUCAUCUCUCAUUGUGGCAUACCAUAAAAUGCCAAUAGCAACCAAAACCGCCACAAAGCAAUAUUCACAGUUGCAGCAACAAACCGCAAACACCAUGACCGCGCCUGAUGACAACAACACAACAACGCAUGCCAGCAGCAGCAGCCACAACACAACCACAACCACAAAUGCAACAGCAAACAAUCCACACGCUCACGCUGCCGUCGCCUCUGCCGCCGCUAACCUCAACAACAGCAGCGCUGCCAAUUUGAGUGGCGUCAUUUCAUCGCUACCGCCGCUACAACCGCCACCACCUCCACCGCCUGCGCUUAGCAGCGGCAACCUGAGCAUACUGAAUGGUAGCAUUGGCAUUGCCAGCGCUCACACUCAUGCGUCGCACACUUACGGCCAUGCACCGAGCGCUGUCAUGGCUAGUGCCACCGCCGCCGCCGCCUUCGCCGGCAAUGCCAACACGAACUCUGCCAUGCACGGCAACAACUAUAGCAUGCCAACAUACGCUAAUAUUACUGUUAUUCCCUCGAAUGCAGCUGCGCUCGCCGCCACCAACGUCCAGGCAACGAAUGCUGUCAAUGCCAAUGCACCCAUCGCCGUUUUAAUGGGUGGUUUGGCAGGCGGGGCGGCAGCAGCAACGAGUGCUGGUAGAGGUGGUGGCGGUGCUAUUGGUGUUGGCAAUACCAAUGACAACAACAACAAUAUGGAUAACACAAGCGAAGAAUCGAAUGCGGUGACAAUUUACAGGUGCCGGGCCCCAAUAGCGUCACUUGACUGCAUGGAGGAGUUCAGUGGUACGGGAGGUCAUCUUGAUUUCGGCCGUUCGAUAAGUUUGGGCUCGAAUCCGGCACUGCCGCUACGUCAUGGCUCCACACCAACGCCCGGCUUGCGCUACAAGAAUCUUGGCAAGAGCGGCUUGCGCGUCUCCAAUGUCGGUCUGGGCACGUGGCCCGUCUUUUCGCCCGGCGUUAGUGACGAACAAGCCGAGGCCAUAUUGCGUUUGGCCAUCGAGAGUGGCAUUAAUUUGUUUGAUAUCUCUGAGGCGCAUUCAGAGACGGAAAUUGGAAAGAUUUUACAGCGCACCGGUUGGAAGAGAACCGCAUAUGUGAUUACCACAAAAGUCUACUGGAGCACUAAAUCCGAGGAACGUGGCCUUUCACGCAAGCACAUUAUCGAAUGUGUCAAGGCUAGUUUGCAACGCUUGCAAUUACAAUACAUAGAUAUUGUGAUUAUACACAAGGCGGACGCUAUGUGCCCUAUGGAAGAAGUUGUACGCGCCAUGAACUACGUCAUACAACAAGGCUGGGCUAUGUAUUGGGGCACCGCACGUUGGUCACAAGUCGAAAUUAUGGAAGCCUACACUAACUGCCGGCAGUUCAACUGUAUUACACCCAUAGUCGAGCAAUCCGAGUAUCAUAUGUUUUGUCGUGAGAAAUGUGAACUUUAUUUACCCGAAAUGUAUAACAAAAUUGGCGUGGGCCUGAUGGCUUGGGGUCCGCUUUCGAUGGCAUUGGCCGAUACGCAAAAUGGUGAAAAGCUCUUCUUGCCAAAGGGAUCAUUCAAGACGAAAAGCCAAAGUUACUCGUGGACAGAGGACGAAAUAAACCGAAAUGCGGCCUUAUCGCCACAAGGCAGCUGGGGUAAAGACCGCGUAGAUGAGGGACGGCGACAUUGUGACCGUUUACGCGAUUUGGCAGCGCUGGCCGAGAAAUUGGGUUGUAGCCCAACACAGCUCUCAAUUGCUUGGUCACUAAAACAUGAGCCGGUACAAUGCCUCCUUUUAGGCGCAACCUCGGCGGAACAAUUGCAUCAGAGUUUGCAAUCCUUGCAACUACUGCCACGUCUCUCAACCAGCGUCAUGAUGGAGCUGGAGCGCAUAUUAGAAAACAAACCGGUGCGGCCGCCAAUGAUAUCGACGCUCGCACUUCGGUGACAAUCAGCCUGCCCU